AUGACUUCAAACAGGAAGGAAGCAGAUGUUCCAGAGUCCUCACGAAUAAGGCGGUCUAAUUCUCUAUCUUCAUAUCGGUCUAACUAUCGACAUAGUCCGUAUCAGAUUCAAAUGCUUGAAGUGUUUUUCAAUCAACAUCAACAUCCGAGCGAACAGGAUUGCUGUCGAAUAGGAAAGGAGCUUGGACUCACGCCAAAUCAAGUAAAAUCUUGGUUUCAGAAUAAGAAGACUGCUCUUAAGGAAAAAAAUAAGAAGAAGCAUUCGUUAACACUCCGAGAGGAAAACCAAGUGCUACAAGCUGAAAACCUCUCAAUGCAAAGGUCGCAUGUGUACUCGUGCAGUGAUUGUAAGGAUCUUACCCCUAUUGAAGUGGAGCAACUCGUCAAUGUAAGGCAACUUCAAACCCAAAAUUUGCAAUUGAGGCAAAAGUACUUUGAUGCAUGUAUUUCAAUUAAGGGCAUGGGAAUACAUGUCCCGAUAAACCAAGACUUACUACCACCAAUGAUGCAAUCCAAUGGAGCAUUUAUAGGACAAUCAUCAAUGGAACCGGUCAAUCAUAUCGUCGCUAAUGCUCCUAUCGUUGCUAAUGGAAAUUUGAUUGCUGUUAAUACAAAUAUGAACCAGCAUUUAGAUUUUGAGAUGUUGAACAUGACAGAAACAGUCAGGCUGGCUAGGGAUGAGCUAAUGUGCCUGUUACAUCUAAACGAGCCAUUUUGGGUAAAAGAUGUGUCGGACGGAAGAUGUAUCAUUAAUAGGGAGAUAUAUGAAGUAACACUCAUGAAUAGAAAUAUCCGCAAAAAUCACCGUAAUAAUGGAUUGCGUACUCGCAUUGAAUCAUCAAAAUAUGAAGCAUCCUUGAACAUGAGUGCUUUUAGAGUGGCUCAGAUGCUAACGGAUUCGAAAAUGAGGGUAGAAUAUCUUUUUCCUACCAUCAUAACAAAUGCCUUCACAAUCCAUGACUAUGGAAAUCAAGUAUUGCCUCACCAAGUCGGGCCUCUAAAACUGGAAUAUGAGCAAAUACAAUUGUCAACUGCAUCCAUGGUUCCAAGAGACUUCUACUUUGUUCGAUUCUGUGAAAAGGUCACUGAAGGAACGUGGCUAAUAGUUGAAGUGUCUCAUGACUUCAACAAUACCAAUUUUCAACUGGAUUCCCCCUGUCGGGCAUGGAGGCGCCCUUCCGGCUGCAUAAUAAAGGAUGUUUCUCCUGGAGUCUCUCAGGUGACAUGGAUUGAACAUGUUGAAAUUGAUCAAGACAAGGACCCAAUUCAUCUUCUUUAUAAAGAUGUUAUCUUUGGGGGAUUGGCCUUCCAUGCAGAUAGAUGGGUCCAGAUACUUUCAAGGUCUUUUCAUGGGAUUGAUUCUUAUAAUAACAUCUUGAAGAAGCAAUUUGAUCAUGGUUCCCAACAAAACCUUGGAGUGCUAGGUGCCAUGGCCCAAGAAGAAAUACAAUGUAUAAUGAGAAUAAGCAACAAGAUGGUGAGGAGAUUCUGCGCAAACAUGAGCAAGAGAGACAAACUGGAAAUGCCCGACCUUAAAGACAAAGGAAUUUGUCUGUCUUUAAUCCGGGAUCAAGAAAACACUAACCCAUCCAAUAGCAUGAUCAUCAACGCUGCUACCUCGUUUCGGCUUGACGCUUCAUGUAAAAUGAUUCUCGAUUACUUACAGAAUGUUAACAUGAGAACUCAGUGGGAUGUUAUCUGCUAUGGACAACCAGUGCAAGAGACUGCUUGCAUUAAAUUUGGAGAUCAACUUGAUAGUUCAAUCUCUAUUAUUAAGCCUAACAUUGAAUCUCAAAACACUGUGCGUGUGAUCCAAGAGACUCUUGUGGAUCCUCUUGGUGCGGUUGUUGUUUAUGCUCCUAUGGACCGGGAUGAUUUUAAUGGAGAAUUAUAUGGGUCCUGGCCAAAGACUAUUCUUCCAUCUGGAUUUCUCAUAUCUAAAGAUGGAAACCCGGAAUGCAUGCGGAUGGAUUUUGGAGGAGCUUCGACUUCGAGAAAUGUUGCGCCGACCAACGGUUCACUCGUUACGGUGGCUUUCCAAGUUAUGUGUUAUUCGAAGAACAUCGAACCGGAAUCCGUGGAAAUGGUCACCUCUCUCAUUUCCUCGGCAGUUGACAGCAUAAAGUUGGCCUUCAAGUGCCCUGACCCCUCCGAGUGA